AUGUCGCCAUACCCGCCUCGAGAGCAGCAGCAGCAACAGCAGCAGCCUCGCGGUCCUUACCACCAGACACACCAGUACCCUCCCUCGCCCCAUGCGUAUGGCACUCAAUCUACGCAGCCCCAGAUCACGAUGGCUUCUUCUCAUCCUCAGCCCAUCGCGUUUGACCCAGCGUUUGGACGUGUUUCCCCUCACUUGUACCCCAUACCCGCUGGUGGUGUCAGGCCCCAGUUUGGAAUGAACUCUCUUUACGGCCCUGGAGCUGUUAUGGCCGGUGGCGUGGGUGAGGUUGACCAGCCUACUCACGUGGUCGGCUCUCAGGGUCGCCGUGGCAUUUUCCCCAGCGCUCCUGGCCGCCCUGCCGCUACUUCCGCCGGCGCUGGGAACACCAAGGGCACCGUGAUUCCUGUCAACGAUGCUGAUGGCAAGUAUCCUUGCCCUGACUGCAACGAGACAUUCAAGAAGGCGCCUUUCUCGCGAAGAGACGAUCUCGAGGAGCACUUCCAGCAGUGCUCCAUUCGCCGAGAUAAUCGGACUGGUGCUAGUCACUUGUCUCAACCUCAGGCUCACGUCAAGAAAGGCGCUGCUGCACCGAAGGUUGCUCUUGGUCAAAAUGCCAUCCAGGAAUGGUUCAAUUUUCUGGAUGAAUCUGCGAAUGGCACGGCAGGACUGACGAUUUCGAUCGAGCAUAAAACGGUCCACAAAUCCCAAAGCAGGUCAGCAGGGAGAGCCUCUCCUGAUGGCGGCGGCGGUGGAGAAUCAAGCUCACAUUCUGUGCACUCGAACACCGACAUAACGAGCGAUAGCGGCAAGCUCUGA